AUAUUCUUUCACUCUCUAAGAUAAUAUGAGCUCAAAAACUUAGGAAGAUAGUCAAUAAUAAGAUGAAGAACGUGAAGUCGAACCUUAUAAUUGGAAAGAAAUUAUAAAAUAAAGAAAAUUAGAAUAUAUAGAGAAUUACUAAUUCUCAUAAAAGGGUAGGGAUUUUAAUCAAAGAAAUUAUGGAGUGACAGUUGACUAUAAAUUUGCGAAGGUGAUCAUAUAACAAGAAUUUUUGGAGAGCCAACAAAUACAGUUUUAUAUGAAUUUAUUUAAGGAUGUCUAUAAAGAUGUUAAAGUAAAAUUUACUUUUAUUUUUUAGUUGGCAGCAGCAUCUUGCCAUUUUUUUUAAGAAUUUUGGACUUAAUAAGCAGAAGAUAUGCAUUUUAGAAUAAAUCCUAUUAAUACCUAAAUAAUUUAGAAUCAAUAUGAUUAAAAUGCAUAAUAAGAUUACUAAAUAAGAUCCAAUAAUUAAAAUGAGUUGGUCCAAAACAAAAAAAAAAUAAUGAGUGAAGACUAAUAAUAAUAAGUGAAUGAUAAUUCAGAAAGACAUCUUGAAUAAACAAAAGAAAAAAAUAAGAAUAAAACCUAAGACUAGCAAUAAACUAAUAAUGAUUCAGAAGGAAAUCUUGAAUAAACAUCUAAAACAAAUAAGAAUGAAAACUAAUAAUAAUAAGUGAAUGAUAAUUCAGAAGGAAAUAUUGGAUAAACAUCUGAAACAAAUAAGAAUGAAAACUAAUAAUAAUAAGUGAAUGAUAAUACAGAAGGAAAUCUUGAAUAAACAAAAGAAACAAUUAAAAAUGAAAACUCAUACUAAUAAUAGAAUAAUAAUGAAUCAGAAGGAAAUCUUGAAUAAACAUCUGAAACAAAUAAGAAUGAAGACUAAUAAUAAUAAGUGAAUAAUAAUUCAGAAGGAAAUCUUGAAUAAACAAAAGAAACAAUUAAAAAUGAAAACUCAUACUAAUAAUAGAAUAAUACUGAAUCAGAAGGAAAUAUUAAAUAAUCAUCUGAAACAAAUAAGAAUGAAAACUAAUAAUAAUAAGUGAAUGAUAAUUCAGAAGGAAAUAUUGGAUAAACAAAAGAACCAAUUAAGAAUGAAGACUAAUAAUAAUAAGUGAAUAAUAAUUCAGAAGGAAAUCUUGAAUAAACAUUUGGAACAAAUAAGAAUGAAAACUAAUAAUAAUAAGUGAAUGAUAAUUCAGAAGGAAAUAUUGGAUAAACAAAAGAACCAAUUAAGAAUGAAGACUAAUAAUAAUAAGUGAAUAAUAAUUCAGAAGGAAAUCUUGAAUAAACAUUUGGAACAAAUAAGAAUGAAAACUAAUAAUAAUAAGUGAAUGAUAAUUCAGAAGGAAAUAUUGGAUAAACAAAAGAACCAAUUAAGAAUGAAGACUAAUAAUAAUAAGUGAAUAAUAAUUCAGAAGGAAAUCUUGAAUAAACAUUUGAAACAAAUAAGAAUGAAAACUAAUAAUAAUAAGUGAAUGAUAAUUCAGAAGGAAAUAUUGGAUAAACAAAAGAACCAAUUAAGAAUGAAGACUAAUAAUAAUAAGUGAAUAAUAAUUCAGAAGGAAAUCUUGAAUAAACAUUUGAAACAAAUAAGAAUGAAAACUAAUAAUAAUAAGUGAAUGAUAAUUCAGAAGGAAAUAUUGGAUAAACAAAAGAACCAAUUAAGAAUGAAGACUAAUAAUAAUAAGUGAAUAAUAAUUCAGAAGGAAAUCUUGAAUAAACAUUUGAAACAAAUAAGAAUGAAAACUAAUAAUAAUAAGGGAAUGAUAAUUCAGAAGGAAAUAUUGGAUAAACAUCUGAAACAAAUAAGAAUGAAGACUAAUAAUAAUAAGUGAAUAAUAAUUCAGAAGGAAAUCUUGAAUAAACAAAAGAAACAAUUAAAAAUGAAAACUCAUACUAAUAAUAGAAUAAUAAUGAAUCAGAAGGAAAUCUUGAAUAAACAUCUGAAACAAAUAAGAAUGAAAACUAAUAAUAAUAAGUGAAUGAUAAUUCAGAAGGAAAUAUUGGAUAAACAAAAGAACCAAUUAAGAAUGAAGACUAAUAAUAAUAAGUGAAUAAUAAUUCAGAAGGAAAUCUUGAAUAAACAUCUGAAACAAAUAAGAAUGAAAACUAAUAAUAAUAAGGGAAUGAUAAUUCAGAAGGAAAUAUUGGAUAAACAAAAGAACCAAUUAAGAAUGAAGACUAAUAAUAAUAAGUGAAUGAUAAUACAGAAGGAAAUAUUGGAUAAACAAAAGAUCCAAUUAAGAAUGAAAACUAAUAAUAAUAAGUGAAUAAUAAUUCAGAAGGAAAUCUUGAAUACACAUAAGAAACAAUUAAAAAUGAAAACUCAUACUAAUAAUAGAAUAAUACUGAAUCAGAAGGAAAUAUUAAAUAAUCAUCUGAAACAAAUAUGAAUGAAAACUAAUAAUAAUAAAAAUAGUACAAAUCAGAAAUUCAAUUUCAAAAAAAUAAGGAACCCUUAUAAAAAUAUUAAAAAUACAAUUCAGAAAUCCAUGGUUAAUCCACAAAUUAAACAAUAAAGCAUGAUAAAAUUGUUCUUUAAUAAUAAAGUGAAAUCUAAUAAUAAUAAUAAAAUAAAACUUCUGAAAUUUUUAUUUAAUAAACAAGCGAAAUCAAAUAAUAAUAAUAAUAAUAAUAAUAAUAAUUAUAAUAAUAAAAUAACAAUUCAGAAAUUCCUCUUUAAUCAACAAAUGAAAAUAACAAUUCAGAAAGUCUUCUGUUAUAAAUAAAUACAAACUAAUAAUAUUAAUAAAAUAAAAAUUAAGAUAUUCAUCUUUAAUAAAUAAAUGAAAACUAAUAAUAAUAUUAAAAUAACAAUUCAGAAAGAAACGCUGACUAAAGUAAUGUAUCAAUUAAGAAUGAACAUUUAUAAGUAUAAGACAUUAACAUUUCAGUGUAAAAUGUUGAAUAAACUUAAGAAGCAAAAGAUAAUAAGAACUAAUAAUUAGAAAAUAAGGAUAUUCUUGAAACUACUUCUGGAUACACUUCCAUAAAAAAUGAGAUCUCUCAAUAGCCUCCAACCUAAUACUAGUCAUAGAAUCCUAUGCCCGUACAAACCACAUAAAAAAAGUUUGUAUUUAAAAUUACCAGCAUUACUUAUGAGGAACCAAAAAAAAAGGAGAAGUUUUAAAUUAAUAAAUUAUAUGAUUUACUAAAUUAAGUAGCGUAAAUGAAUGGACUAAACUCUCAAGAAGAUUUAAAAAAUUAGGAUUACUUAUAUUUUCCAAUCAAUCUUAGUCAAGCACAUUGGAUAAGCGUAGUAGUUGACUUAAGAAAAAAAAUAAUUUAUUAUUUUGAUUCCUACUAUGAAAGCGUAGAGGAUGAUGUAAAAGAAGGCAUUUAUAUAAUAUUAAAAAGCUUAAAUUUUAACCGUGAUAGUUUUAUAUUUUAAGAAAAGUGGAAUAAAUAAUAAAAUGGGUAAAUGUUUAUUUUCUAUAUUAGUUAUGAUUGUGGUAUCUUUAUUUUAUUAUCAUUGUUAUAUACAUACCAAAAAGACUUCAAAUAUUCCUAUAAUCAGCAGAGGGCAACUGAGUUUAGAAAUCAAAUUUUAUAUGAUUUAGCUAUAGUGGGUUCUUAGAUGAAUUUAUCAAAAAAACUAUUUGAAUCCAUUAUAAAAUGA